AUGCUGCUGCCGCUGCUGGUGUUGCCGUCCUCACCGAAUGCCCGCCGCUCGGGCCUCGUACGACACCGCCACAAAACCGCCCGAGUUGAACUGCGUCACCGCCAGCGGCACACCCACAAGACUGGGGUCGUCCAGCCGCUCCACCUGCCGCCACAAACAGGACACACAGAAACCACCGAGUGUCGGCGACAUAAUACAUCUACAUCUACAUCUACAUCUACAUCUACAUCUACAUCUACAUCUACAUCUACAUCUACAUCUACAUCUACAUCUACAUCUACAUCUACAUCUACAUCUACAUCUACAUCUACAUCUACAUCUACAUCUACAUCUACAUCUAACAUCUACAUCUACAUCUACAUCUACAUCUACAUCUACAUCUACAUCUACAUCUACAUCUACAUCUACAUCUACAUCUACAUCUACAUCUACAUCUACAUCUACAUCUACAUCUACAUCUACAUCUACAUCUACAUCUACAUCUACAUCUACAUCUACAUCUACAUCUACAUCUACAUCUACAUCUACAUCUACAUACGGUGCUUGCUGUGCUACUUGGAGGUACCCCUGCUGCAGCGUCACCUGCCUGGCAGUAGAAGCAGUCCACAUCCACAUGCAGAAAUACGCGAACUUGAGUGUCAGGCGGUGGUUGCUGAGGUGGUUGCUGAGGUGGUUGUGGAGGUAGUUGUUGUUGAGGAGAUUGCUUCACCGGACAGCGCUGCUCCCGCAGCUGCUGCUGCGGCGUCUGCUGUAAGGGGUCCCUUGGCGGCCGUACACCCCCGCAGCCGGCGACACCAACGCCACCUACUUCUUGAGCCCCGUGUCCUCUUGGCCCGACCUGUUUCACCCCAGUCAUCGGGCCAGAUGAACAUGCCGCCGCCGUCGCUACUGCUGCUGCCGUUGAAGUCGUCGAAGUCGUCGGCGCUGUAG